AUGGUCAAUAAAGUUGCUAAAUUUUACAAGUUAUCUAAUGGUUAUUCAAUACCAUCGGUAGGUCUUGGCACGUACGAUAUACCUAAUAAUGUUACAGCCAAUGUUGUUUACGAAGCUCUAAAAGCAGGUUAUCGUCAUUUUGACACAGCUGUCCUGUAUGGAAAUGAAGAAGAAGUAGGUCAAGGUAUUCACCGAUGGUUAUUGGAAGAUCCAGAAAAUAAUAGGAGGGAAGCUGUAUUUUAUACUACUAAAUUAUGGAAUUCCCAGAACGGUUAUGAAAAGGCUACUAAAGCCAUUAAGAACUGCUUGGAUAAAGUUAAAGCAUUGGAAUACAUUGAUUUACUAUUAAUACAUUCACCUUUAGGUGGGACAAAAUUAAGGUUAGAAACUUGGAAAGCAAUGCAAGAAGCAGUAGAUCAUGGGAUGGUUAAAUCGAUAGGCGUAUCUAAUUAUGGAAUGCACCAUAUUGAUGAAUUGUUGACUUGGCAGUAUUUAAAAUACAAGCCGGUGGUUAAUCAAAUUGAGAUUUCACCUUGGUUAAUGAGACAAGAGUUGGCAGACUAUUGUAAAUCCAAUAGUAUAUUCGUAGAAUGCUAUUCUCCCUUAACACAUGGUUAUAAGCUUAAUGAUCAAGAUUUGAAAAAAGUAGCAAAUGAAACAGGUAAAAAUGUGGGACAAGUUCUAAUCAGAUGGUCAUUGCAACAUGGAUAUAUCCCACUACCAAAAACCAGGACCAUCAAUAGACUAAAGACAAAUCUAGAUGUUUAUGACUUUAACCUUACUUCUGAUCAAAUGACAAUUCUAGAUCAUCCUUUGUCAUAUGAGCCAACUGAUUGGGAAUGUACUGAUGCGCCAUAA